CCCCACCCAUUCCUACCAUCACAGACCACCUACAGAAAAAAGAAAAGAGAAGAAAAAGAGGAAAGCAUUCCGCACUUUCUUUUUCUUCAUCUUUUUUUUUUAAUUUUCUCCUAGCUUCUAUCUGCCUCCAUUCCAUUUCUUCCCCAUGCAGAUCCAUUUUUUUUCAUCUCUCAAUGCCAGGAGUAGUUUAUAGAUUUUUAAGGACAUAAAAGAGUCCUUUUUUAUACAUAUAUGGUUCUGAAUCUUGGUUGAGGAUUGAUUAUGUUCAGCACAUUGGCAUAGAUUUUUAUAAUCCUGGGAAUAUAGCUACAUUCUUAUUUAGCUACAAGGAAUAAAAGGACCUGAUCAACCCUGCCUUUAGCGCUGAUUUGGAUGAGGAUUGUUCAGAUUGGCAUUUAAUAUAUAUCUAUAUUAUAUGUAUGUAUGUUUAUACAUAUAUAUAAGUUCUCGGCGUAGAUCUGGUUGCAAUUAUUUGAUAUUAAAAUAAUGUCGUGUUGCGGAGGAGGCGAGCUAGAGGACUACAGCGGUCCCCCAGCUAAUCAAAGCACGGCUCCUCCUAAGGCCGGUCACCCGUACCAUGGUGGCACUGGUGCUGCUGGUGAAAGAGAGCCAAGGUCAUCAGGGGCAAUGAGAAGUGGAGCACCUCAGAAAGCUCUGCCUAUAGAGAUACCUGUAAUGCGUUUGGAUGAGCUAAAUAAAUUAACUGGAAAUUUUGGUCAAAAGGCUUUGGUGGGUGAAGGAUCAUAUGGCCGCGUUUUCUCUGCAACUUUAAGCAAUGGCCAACAAGUUGCAAUCAAGAAGUUGGAUACCAGUUCUUCACCUGAGCCUGAUUCUGACUUUGCAGCACAGUUGUCAACAGUUUCAAGACUGAAGAAUGAUCAUUUUGUGGCUCUUCUUGGGUACUGUCUUGAGGCAGAUAACCGAAUUCUUGUAUACGAGUUUGCAACUUCGGGAUCUUUGCAUGAUGUUUUACAUGGAAGGAAAGGGGUACAAGGUGCGGAGCCAGGUCCGGUUCUUGCCUGGAAUCAGAGAGUUAAGAUUGCUUAUGGGGCUGCAAGAGGGCUUGAGUAUCUGCAUGAAAAGGUUCAGCCUCCGAUCGUUCAUCGAGAUAUCAGGUCCAGCAAUGUCCUCCUCUUUGAUGAUUUUACAGCCAAACUUGCUGAUUUCAACUUGACAAACCAGUCAUCUGAUACUGCCGCCCGCUUGCAUUCCACUAGAGUCUUGGGAACUUUUGGCUACCAUGCUCCCGAGUAUGCAAUGACUGGACAAAUUACUCAGAAAAGUGAUGUUUACAGUUUUGGAGUGGUUCUCUUAGAACUCUUGACAGGAAGGAAGCCAGUUGAUCAUACCAUGCCCAAAGGCCAACAAAGCCUUGUUACAUGGGCUACCCCAAGGUUGAGUGAAGACAAAGUGAAACAAUGUGUGGAUCCUAAGCUAAACAAUGAAUAUCCACCAAAGGCCAUUGCCAAGAUGGCAGCUGUUGCUGCACUCUGUGUUCAAUAUGAGGCUGAUUUUCGUCCGAAUAUGACAAUCGUCGUCAAGGCCUUGCAACCGCUUCUCAACUCAAAGCCUGCCGCUGGCCCAGAAUCCCAUGCAUAGACGACUAAUCAAGCUCAGAAACCUCAAAAUCUUAACAUCAGAAACCUGUUCAUUUUAACUUUAAACUCUUGAUCAAGGAUUAUUUAGAGGUUGAGAGGAUCAAGAUUUGAUUCCAUUUGCAAGCAAGUUGAUUUAUAUGUGAAUGCCCAAAUUGUAUUUCAUUCCUCAAAGAUUUUGAUUAUCGUUAUCAUUUAUGUAGUCAUUACUUCUCCUCAAAUAAAGCAGAUAUGAGGAGUGUAUUAAUCAUGUCAACUAACC